GUUGUCUGUUUUUUUCUCUCACUUUCUUCUUCUUUACUUUAGUAGAUUCAUCUAUUUGUACAUAUUAUAUAUAUAUACCUUGUCAUUGUACAUGUUAUCAUGUCUUCUUAUCCAACACAAUGUACUCGAACAAUAACAGGACAUAAGGGCCCCAUCAAUGCUCUUCGAUACAACACUUCUGGACAAUAUUGUUUAUCUGGGGGGAAAGAUCGUAGUGUUCGGUUAUGGAAUCCAACUUCAGGAUUACAUUUACAUUCAUAUGAAGGUCAUGGUCGAGAAGUACUUGGAUUAUCAGUAUCUCAAGAUAAUGCCAGAAUAGCCAGUUGUGGGGCAGAUAAAGCCGUGAUACUUUGGGAUGUCAGUAGUGGUAGUCUUUUAAGAAGAUUUACAAGUCAUUGGGAACGUGUAAACGCUGUGGAUUUUAAUCAAGAAGGAACUGUACUUGUUAGUGGUUCAUUUGAUGCCACUAUAAGGAUUUGGGACUGUCGAUCAUCCAAUCUUCAAGCAAUCCAGGUGAUUGAAGGAUGUAAAGAUAGUAUUAUGUCACUUCAGGUCAAGGACAAGGAAAUCAUUACUGGUUGUGCGGAUGGAAAAUUACGAAGAUUUGAUAUAAGACAAGGACAAUUAUAUGAGGAUUAUAUAGGAUCACCAAUCACAUCAAGCAAGAUUUCUGGUGAUGGUAAUUGUAUCCUUAUAAAUACAAUGGAUGAUACCAUUCGAUUGAUGGACAAGACAAAUGGUCAAUUAUUAAAUUCAUUCAAAGGACAUCGACAACAGAAAUAUAAGAUUGAAUCAGCGCUCACGUACGAUGAUGCUCAUGUUAUCAGCGGAUCAGAAGAUGGUCAUAUCUAUAUUUGGAAUGUAUUGGAAGGGAAUUUGAUGCGUACAUUGGAUUCACAUUCUGGAACCAUUUCUACACUGGACUGUCAUCCUUCAAAGGGUGUGCUGAUAUCUGGAGGUGAUGAUGGGAUGAUUCGAUUAUGGGAAUAGUUUUUUUUUUAUUAUAAUAAUUAUUUUUAGAAUGUUUAUAGAAUUGUGAAAUAAAAGAUAUAUCUUUCAACCUUGUCUA